GAGCUGGGGCUGGCUAUGCGGGUGAGCCUGCUGCUGCUGCUGCUGCUGCCCGGCCCCCCACCCGCCCCAGGCAUGGAGGACGCCGCCUUCCCCCACCUGGGGGAGAGCUUGCAGCCCCCGCCCCGGGCCUGCCCCCUGCGCUGCUCCUGCCCCCGGGCAGACACAGUGGACUGCAAUGGCCUGGACCUGCAGGUGUUCCCGGACAACAUCACCAGGGCAGCUCAGCACCUCUCCUUGCAGAACAACCAGCUCCAGGAGCUCCCCUACAACGAGCUGUCACGCCUCAGCAGCCUUCGGACCCUCAACCUCCACAACAAUCUCAUCUCUUCUGAGGGCCUGCCCGAUGAGGCCUUUGAGUCUCUCACGCAGCUGCAGCACAUCUACGUGGCCCACAACAAGCUCUCAGUGGCCCCCCAGUUUCUGCCCCGCUCCCUCCGAGUUGCCGAUCUGGCUGCCAACCAGGUGACAGAGAUCUUCCCGCUCACCUUUGGGGAGAAGCCGGCGCUCAGGUCCGUGUACCUCCACGACAACCAGCUGAGCAACGCCGGCCUGCCUCCCGACGCCUUCCGCGGCUCCGAGGCCGUGAUCGUCCUCAGCCUCUCCAGCAACCGGCUCAGCUACCUGCCGCCCAGUCUGCCGCCGUCCCUGGAGCGGCUCCACCUGCAGAACAACCUCAUCUCCAAGGUGCCCCGAGGAGCACUGAGUCGCCAGACACAGCUCCGUGAGCUCUACCUCCAGCACAACCAGCUGACAGACAGUGGCCUGGACGCCACCACCUUCAGCAAGCUGCACCACCUCGAGUACCUGGACCUGUCCCACAACCGGCUCGCCUCAGUGCCCGCCGGCCUGCCCCGCACCCUGGCUGUGCUGCACCUGGGCCGCAACCGCAUCCGCUGGGUGGAGGCCACCCGGCUGCGCGGGGCUCGGGCCCUGCGCUACCUGCUGCUGCAGCACAACCAGCUGGGGGCGACGGGGCUGCCCCCUGGCGGCCUGCAAACCCUGCGGCUGCAGCGCAACGAGCUGCGGGCCCUGGAGCCCGAGCCGCUGGCCGGCCUGGCCCAGCUGCGGGAGCUCAGCCUGGCGCACAACCGGCUCCGGGUCGGAGACAUCGGGCCUGGCACCUGGCAUGAACUCCAGGCCCUGCAGGUGCUGGACCUCAGCCACAACGAGCUGUCCUUCGUGCCCCCCGACCUGCCCGAGGCCCUGGAAGAGCUGCACCUGCAGGGCAACCGCAUCGGCCAAGUGGGUCCUGAAGCCUUCCUCAGCACCCCCCGCCUGCGCGCCCUCUUUCUCAGGGCAAACAGGCUUCACAUGACCAGCAUCGCGCCCGAGGCCUUCCUGGGGCUCCUGCACCUGAGGGUGGUGGACACGGCAGGUAACCCCGAGCAGGUCCUGGUCCGGCUGCCACCCACAACGCCACGCCAGCCACGGGCAGGGAGCCCCGGAGCACAGGGGGGCCCAGCAGUGUAGCCCAGACCCCUGGGACCCCAGUGGGUCAUGGACCGAGGAGACAGUGCCCACCGGGGCCUCAGCCAGGCUCUCGCAGGCCUCAGUGGCUGAACCACCUGGCCGGCGCUGGCCAGGAAGCUGGGAGCCAGGGCGCUGUGUCUGCACACAGGGAGCCCCGGGAGAGACAAGCAUGCAGCUCGCACGUGGGGCACACAGACUGCACCCACCUUGCCGGACACAGUCCCCGCUCCCCGCUCAAGUGGAGAGAUGGCAGCAAUAAAGCCUAAUAACCCUUU